CAAAAGUUCUUUUGUUAUGGAAGAUUUCAAUAAAGUUUCAGUCUAACGUUUAUAGAAGUGAAUUUAAAUUGUUAUAAAGUUUAAAAAACAAAAUUUUCAUUGUUAACCCAUAGUUAUUUUGUUACGAGCUUGGUCGUUUUCAACUCAUUAUAUUUUUAUUCUGGGUAAGAUUUUACUUCUCUUGGGUUUUCUUUAAACCAAAGAUUUGAACUUCAAUUCUACUCAUCUUCUUGAAUUGUGAUUUACUCCAGUGUUUCAGUGUUGAUUAAAUCUGUUACUCAAUAUUGGACCAUCUAACCAUUUUUAUUGUACAGCUUAGUGGGUUAAAUCGGGUGUAUCAUCAAGUUUUCCUUAAAGUGAAUUAUUCGUUUAUUCAAGUUAUGCCGUACAUCAAUAAUUGGGAUGAGUUUACUAAAGCAGCUCAAGGAUUGUACAUUGAUGAUCCAAUGAAAUGCCGUUUUGUUCUUAAAUAUCGACAUAAUGAUGGCAAACUUGUCUGCAAGCUGACCGAUAAUCAAAUAUGUCUUAUGUAUUUAGCUAAAAAUAACCAAGAUGUCAAGAGGGUUGAAAAAUUUACAACUCAAUUGAUGCGAAACAUGGCUUCCAAGUGAUGAUCCCAGAUAAGAUAAUUGCUAAAACAAAUCCGCAAUCCCAUCUAAUCCGAAUUAAUUAUUCAAAUUUAAUAUAGUCAUCUAUAGCGAACAAUUUAAAAUUCCCACUUAAAGUUCAAAUCAAAUUAUUUAAAGAUAAUUUUUUUUACAUCAUUCAAGGUAACAGCUUGAAACCAACCAACAACAACAAUCAUCUUUGCAGUCAUAUGGUACAUCAACAAAUGUUUACCUUUAUUUGAUUGGAUUUCAUUCUCUAUUCUGAUAAAUAUCUCCAUUUUGAAUUACCUAUUUUAUAAUCUUGUUCUUUUUUUAAUCAUAUGGUGUUACAAUGUUACCUUGGCUCAACCAGGAUUAAUCAGCUUUGUACAUUUGUGGGCUUUAUUUUGGUCAAAUGAAAUUUCAUACCAUUUUCUUUCUGUAUUUCUUUUGUUUUCAUUGACCCAUUGUAUUUUUUAACUGAGUGCUUGUUAUAUUCCCAAUUCUUACCUUUUCUACUGUUAUUAUUUCUCACUGUUUAUUAAUUGAAACUUAAUAAUGGCUGAUGUCGAUGAUAUAUCUACUCUGGCUCUGGAUGGCGACUCUGAUGAUUGUAUUUCAGGUGGCCAAUUACCCAUGGAGAAGAAAGAGAUAAACAAUAUUCAUUUCAGCCAUGACCAUAACGUGUUUACUUGUGCCACAGAAUCUGGUGUCAAAGUCUAUCUUGCAGACCCAUUACAAUUAAAAGUCGAGCUUCAUUCAUCAAUGGUAGGAUCGAUUGGUCUUGCUCAAACCUUGCACAGUACUAAUUUGAUUGCUAUUGUUGGUGGAGGCUCAACACCUAAAUUUGCUGAAAAUGCAGUGUUAAUAUGGGAUGAACUCAAACACGAUUUUGUUUUGGAAUUCACAUUUUCAUCCGCUGUUCUUAAUAUGAAGCUUCGGAAGGACAGAUUUCUUGUAGUAGAAAGGUGUAAAAUUCAUGUUUAUACAUUCCCAAAUAAUCCUAAAAGGUUAUUUGUUGUGGAAACGGGCGAUAAUCCUAGAGGACUUUGUGAAAUCAGUCCAUAUACAACCAGUGAGCGCCAAGUGAUGGUUUUUCCUGGUCAUAAGACUGGGUCUCUACAAAUAAUGGAUUUUAACACAUCAUCUCCUGGCGCAUCUUCAUCUCCAGUAAAUAUACUUGCCCACCAAGGUGCCAUUGCUUGUGUCGCUUUGAAUAACCAAGGAACAAUGGUAGCGACAGCAUCAAUGAAAGGGACUCUUAUCAGAGUCUAUGAAACAACUAGAAAAACUUUGGUUGUCGAAUUUCGUCGAGGAAGUGAUCCUGCUACUGUCUACUCUAUCGCUUUCAGUCCAGAUUCUGAUUUCUUGGUUGCAUCAAGUGAUAAAGGCACUGUUCAUAUAUUUGCUCUUAAAGACACUCGCUUAAACCGAAAGUCUGCCUUUUCUAAAAUGGGUUUCCUUGGUCAAUACAUUGAAUCUCAGUGGGCUUUGGCAAAUUUCAACAUUAAAGAUGAUUGCGCCUCUGUCUGCUCGUUCGGGCCCAAAAACACAGUUUACGCUGUAUGUGAAAAUGGUUCAUUCCAUCGAUAUAUCUUCAAUUCUGAUGGUUCAUGCAAAAGGGAAAACUUCGAAAGAUUCAUCGACUUACAAACUGAGACAAGUGACGAUUCUGAUGAUUGAUUUAUCUCUUUUCUGUCGAAUAAACAAAUGAAAUAAACUACUAAAAAGCAAAGAUUGGUUUGAUAUUACGUUCCUAAUGAAGAGCUAUCAUAAUAACUAGAAAAAAUGAGUCCAUUGAAACUUGAUCAGUCGAUAUCAUUUCAAAUCUAUUGUACUUAACAAUUUUCUUUUAUCGAAAAGAUAGAAAUUAUCUCGCGAUUCAGAUGAAGUUUACUCAUAAAAAGAUGAAAACAUUAUGAGCU